AUAAUCAUCGCUAAAAAAAAAAAACAAGCAACAAAUUGUACAAUAAAGGUUAAAAAUAUUUCGCAUCAGAUCAUAAUUUCUCGCAAAAUUGGCAUCGUAGCUACCAAAUACUAAUUUCUUUCGCUUUGCUGUGUUAUGGUGAUAUUAAGUACAACGGUGAAAUUCGUUCCAUGUAUCGUAGAGCAGUUUUAGUGGGGUAAUCAAACUACUGUGUUCUGCUUUUUUUUCGGUCGUUUGAGUAUUGAUUUUUCGAAUUGUACUAGUUACUGAGAAAUGCAACAACUGUUUAUGAUAUACACGUAAAAGCAGUAAAUUGUUUUUCAAAACUGCUAGCAGAACUUCUGCAGCAAGUAUCCGAUGUUCGAACGAAGACAAAUUCGUGCGUGUAGGUACAACGGACAAAGGGAUAUUUUCGAGUGUCUUGAUUUCACAUAAAGUGAUUAUGGAGCUGUUCGUAACAGUGCAGAUUGUUUAACCCUAGCGGAAUAAUACAAGUGAGGAGAGGCAGCAUAUUGUAGAACUAUAACGAAAUAGCGAGAAUAACAGCGCUUCUAUUCCCCCACUCUCACACUCUGGAGUACAUGCAUGAAGUAUGCAAAUAUUCAUCAUUCUUCGUCAGUCAGAGCAACAGCUGUGUCUUUUCUACUGUUAGUAGCGAUAGUUAAAAGUGGUGAUGCUAUCAACAAGAACAGCGUGUAUUUGAUGUGCACACUUUGAACCGGCUUCAAUUGAGAAACGAUAAAUGCAAGUGGCUUUAACGAACGCAAGUAAAUUUCCGGAAACCGGAGAAAACAAUAAUCAAUUAGUGUACUUGGAAGUAUAGCGUUGAGUGGGCUGUUUUUUGUGUGACGGUAUGGGAGGAUCGGUAAGUCAAGUGUUCCGAUCCGGGAGUGCCCUACUGUCCAAUCGCGACGGACACAAAGUUUCUGAAACGACCGUUGAUAAUAUAAAUACGAUUUUCGAAAUACUCAGGGCUAAUCCUAAGUGUUUAAUACAGUGUUUGGAGCCACUUUUAUUGCAGAUACCUAAGUGUGAAAACAUCCUAGCAAUACACGAUGAAACAGGCUACAAUCUACUGCAGAAAAGUGUAGGCUUGAACCACAUAGAACUAGCCAGGUGGCUUCUACAGCGACACCGCCCAGAUGUGAAUAGGAGUUCCUGUUCGCUACCACUUCAUAUCGCUUGCCUUAAGGGAUACGAGGAAUGUGUUGAGCUACUACUGAAACAUAGAGCUAGAAUAGAUACUGAAGCGCGGAUGUGUUUUCCUGGUGCUCAUUCGCACAACUGUGAAGAGAGUGGAAAAUACAAAAAUCAAGGAGAUGAUGUCGGAGUGUGCGAGAGACCCAAUACCAAGUUGCAGAAUGCAGUCUGCUAUGCCAUCGAUGGCGAUCAGAUUAACGUACUUAACAUCCUCGCCCAGAAAAUGGAGGAACCGUGGAUGCCGUUUCGGGUUCGGAAACCACUGCUGCACAUCGCGUGCGAGCGGGGUGCCUGGAAAUGUGUCCAGCAUCUGGUUCAAACUCGGUCAGAUGAAAUAAAUCUUAUGAAAGAUGAAUACUAUCCAAUACAUCAGGCUGUGCUACACGACGGACGAUUCCUGGAACUGCUUAUUCAGCAUGGUGCCAUUACGACUGUACGUACCUGCACUCAACAAAUGACGCUACUGCAUGUCGUUCUUCUAGCUGCUCGAAAAUCCGCCGAAGAUACCCUCAAUACGAUACGGAUACUUUUAGAACGUGGAUGUAAAGAACUUAUUAACAGUCCAGAUUCGCUAGGAAAUACACCAUUGCAUGCAAUUAUUGUACGCUAUGCCUUAGAGGAAGCAAGGUAUGGCUACGAUAAAUGGAACAAAUGGGAUGUGUUGCAUUUGGUGCGCUUCCUGCUGCAGAACGGUGCUAAAAGCUCAAUCAAUCAAUCUGGCAACAGUGCGUUGGCCUGCGUCUUCCGCCACAUCCGAGACUGGGAAGUGUGUUAUGAGCUAUUAAAUAUGCUGAUAAAAGAAGGAGGUGAUCCGAAUAUUGUGGGACGAGAUGGUUCAGUUCCAAUUAUGGUUUGCUUGGUACCGCUGAUAAACAAGGACCCGCUGCACCAUUUCACUCAUUCGAUGAAGGUGUGCUAUCUGAACUGCAUUCGAAUAUUGCUACAGAAUGGUGCCAACCCAAACUGUUCGUACCGGUCAAAUCUAACGCCGCUGCACGUUCUGAUUUUCACCGUGUCGGAGAAUUUUACCCUCAACUGUGAUACGCAGAAACGCGCCAAUUUUGAUUUCAUCAAGAACAUUCUGAUCCUGCUGCUGCAGUACGGUUUGGACUGUAACAUCACUUCCCAACACAUCCUGCAGUCGGUGAUUGACAUGAUUGUCAAUGUUCGAUCCUGUCCCGAUAUAUUGUGCGUGUACGAGCUGCUACUGGUACUGAUUCAGUAUGGGACCGAUCCGAACAUUACGCUAAGCAACAAACUGAUGAUGAGUGGAAGUAGUAAUUCGUCCAUUAAUUACGUAAAUGAUUUCAUCAAUUUUGGAGGAAUGAGGGCGGUAGCGAAUGGCGAAGUUGCAGGUCCCAGUGGGGCGGGAACGGCAGGUUCUCCCGCUACUAACGGAGCAGGAACUGUUAGUAACGGCAACGGCACCGACAAUCUUCGUAGUUCAUUCCGGAAUAACGCACGUAAUUAUCUGCUGUUCUAUUACAUUAUGCUGAUUACGCGGAAAGAGUUUAUACUUCUUGAUCGCGAACAAACCUAUCAACGUAUUAUUCAUUUGUUUUACUAUUCAAUGAAGCACGAUACGCUAUUCAACUGCCUCAAAUCGCUGCACAAUCUGUUUAUAGCGCAGGUACCGAACAAAUCAAUCGAUAGUUUAAGGCAUCUGAUCAUAACCCUCUACAAGAAGCCUCGCAGCUUGAAGCAACUGUGCCGAGUGUGUAUAUACAAUAGCCUAAAUAAGAAACUGGCACCGAGCAUAAAUCGUCUUAAUCUUCCACUUCCGCUGAAAGAGUACGUACUGAACUUCGAAGGGUAGGCGUAUACAGUCAAUCCUCUCUCUCUAUGAAAAUAAAUGUGCGCGUUUUCAAUGUUAGGUAUUGUGUAAAUAGGUUAAAAAGAUCAACUCGAUAGGAACAGAAAAUGCCAGUACAGCAUACAAAAGCAUUAUAUCGAGAACAGUGUCAACGGAUUUCAGGUGAUGUAGGAAAAUAGUGCAGAUACAGCAAGUAUUUUUGUCCUGUCUACUUCUUUCUUUCAACAUCACUUUACGCCACACUUACAACAAAUACACGGUAUAUAUUCGCUUUACCUUACAGUCUACUCAACACAUGACGAUAUAACUGUGUUUUAAAAUAUUUCAAAGAAAUACAAGAUAGAUAUAUGAAAAUAUAAAAU